CCAGGCGCGCAGCCGAGCGCCGAUCGCGGCGGCGCCGGGAUGAGCCUGGCGGAGGGCCGCGCCCCGCGGCGCACGGCCGGGAACCGCCUCUCGGGGCUGCUGGAGGCCGAGGAGGAGGAUGAGUUCUACCAGACCACCUACGGCGGCUUCACUGAGGAGUCGGGCGAUGAUGAGUACCGGGGGGACCAAUCGGACAGCGACGAUGAAGUGGACUCCGACUUCGACAUCGAUGAGGGCGAGGAACCGAGCAGCGACCAGGACGAGAGCGAACCCAAGCGCCGCCGCCGCGUGGUCACCAAGGCUUACCGGGAGCCUCUCAAGAGCCUGCGGCCCAAGAAGCCAGAGCUGCCCAGCAGCAGCAGCAGCCAGAAGCCUCGGGAGGCCAAAUCCAUCCCCUUGGAGCUGCAGGAGGACAUAGGAGACAGCCGCAAGCACAUGCGGCAGUCGACCACGGAGCACACUCGGCAAACCUUCCUGCGGCUGCAGGAGAGGCAGGGCCAGGCCAGGAGGAAGAAAGGUCCCAACCACGACAGGCCUCUGACCCAGGAGGAGCUGCUGGAGGAGGCCAAGAUCACAGAGGAGAUCAACCUCCGCUCCCUGGAGAACUACGAGCGCCUGGAGGCUGACAAGAAGAAGCAGGUCCAGAAGAAGAGGAAGUGUGUGGGGCCUGUGAUCCGCUACUGGUCUGUCACCAUGCCCCUGCUGCCAGAGCCUGGCAGGGAGGAGAACGUGGACGUGGAGGGCCUGGAGCAAGACCUGCAGCAAUCCGAAGCAGCUCUGAGCAGCUCCGGGAAGUGUUCCAGGACCUUCAUCUCCUUCAGCGACGACGAAACCUUCGAGCGGUGCUUCCCUCGGGGCCGCCCCCCGCGGCUGCCGGUGCGGGAGCUGUGCCCUGUCACUCACCGCCCUGCCGUCUACCGGGACCCCAUCACCGACAUCCCUUACUCCAGCAUCCGAGCCUUCAAAAUCAUCCGGGAGGCUUACAAGAAGUACAUCACCGCCCACGGCUUGCCCAGCGCCGCCGCUGCUGCUGCUGCUGCCUCCUCCUCUUCCUCUUCCUCCUCCUCCCUCUCCUCCUCCUCCUCCUCCUCCUCCUCCCUCUCCGCCGCAGCCGCCGGCGCCGGUCCGGGUGGAGCUCCCCCUGCGGCCGUCGGUCCCGACGCAGGGCUCCGAGCCGGGAGGCAGAAGAUCAUCAUCAAGCAGAGCAUCCCCAGCUCCAGCUGAGCUGAGCUGCCCCCCGGGCACGGCUGCCAGGGGUGCCCCCAGGGGAGGGAUGGAGGGGGUGCAAAGACUGCCCCGGGGGGUCCUG